UUCAAACGGAUAGAAACCGCGUCUUCAGUUCAACCCCAUUGCAAAAGUUCUACAUUUUAUUAACUUGCAUGUUUUAUAUUAUAUUUAUAUGCUUUAGCAAUGGGUGUUACGGGUCUGUGGAAGCUCAUUGAGCCCUGCGGCAAACCAGUGCCCGUGGAUACUUUGGAGGGUAAAAUCCUGGCAGUGGAUAUAUCCAUUUGGUUGCAUCAGGUUGUCAAGGGCUUUCAGGACAACAAGGGAUCGGCCCUGAGCAAUGCCCACUUACUGGGUUUGUUCCACCGCCUCUGCAAGUUGCUAUAUUAUCGUGUGCGACCGGUGUUCAUCUUCGAUGGAUGUGUGCCUCAGCUCAAAAGGGACACCAUUGCCCGCCGCCAGCAGCAGAGGAACAAGCUCAGUAACGAGGCGGAUCGCAUACAGGCCUUGCUCCUGCAAUCCCUGGCCAAGGAGAAAGUGGUGCAGCAGGCGCUGGGCAAGAAUGCGGAGCUGCUGCUCAAGUCUCCAAUUAAGCGGCCACCUCCAGCGAAGAAGAACGAUGAGGAUGACCUGUUCAAGCUGCCAGAACUUCCGGCUGCAUCUGCGGGACUGGAUAACACCGGCGAGGGCAGCGAGCAGGAUACCAGUACUUCGGAUAGCUCCUUUGACGAGUCAACCGCUCGACAUGCCUACAACUCCAGUCUGCAGGCCAUUGAUGUGAAGAGUCAGCACUUUCGCAAUCUGCCCGCCGAUGUGCGGCACGAGAUCCUCACGGACAUCAAGGAGACGAGGAAGCAGUCCUCAUGGGGCCGCCUGCACGAGUUGCCUGCCCGCAGCGACGACUUCUGCUCCUUUCAGAUGAAGCGUCUACUUAAAAGACGCGCUGUACAGGAGGGCCUGGAGCAGGCCGAGCAGGAAAUGGGUGGCACAACGCUCACCUAUUCGGAGUUGUGCGACUUCUUCAGCGAGGAGGGCAUCGUCACGCCCACGGCCAUUGAACAGAGCACCCGGCAGAUCAGCUCGGAUGAGCACACACGAUUUCUGCUGGUCAGGGAUCUCAAAAAGAAGGCUCUGGAGAGCACCAAGCAGCAGGUGAAAAUAGAGAAGAUUGAGGAGGUGCCGGAAGAGGAGGAUGAGAAGCCGAGCACCUCCACCAAGAAAGAAUCCGGCGAGGGUUCUCCCCUAGGUACUGAGUUCGAUGAGGAUUUGGCCAGAGCAUUGUCCAUGUCAAUGGAGGAGACCAAAGUGUACGAUGAGAAGGACUAUGAGUACGACUCGGACCAGGAGUUGCGCCUAAAUCGGGCGCAGAGCAAGCAGUUGCGACAUGCCGCCAAGGGACCUGCUAGGGCAUAUAUGAUUGAAUACGGCGGAAUGAACGACGAGGAAGUGGGCAACAUCUUGGAGGCAACUCAGCUCGAUGACACUCAAAGCCUUGAGAAGUUUCUCGAUCUCACCACAGUCCCCGCUGACAUGGCAAACGACUCAAUUGAGGAGGCCAAACUAAUUUCACAAGCCAUUGAAGAGAGCAAGCAAAUCUCCCAAGCGAUUGAGGAAAGCAAAAAGAGUCUACAGGGGGAUAAGGUGGAGAUUGGAGAUACAGAUACUGACUCCGACAUGGAGGAAGUUGUGGAAACUCAGGAGCCAGUUAAGGGUAAAGAGACUCUUGAGAUUUGUGUUGACAUCACUGAAGACCUCAAGGACUCGAACGAUCUGUUUGCGGAUAUAUUUGAGGAGGAGGUCAAGAAUUUGAAAAACAAGGAUAAAACUGAAAGCGAUGAUGAUGAUGACUUUAUAGAGGUUAAGGAUAGCGAGGAAAUGGUAUUGGAUUCUCAAGAUGAUGGUAAACCAAACAAAGAUAAAAGCAUGCCAGAAACUAAUCAACGUAAGGAAAAUACAGAAGAAAUUAUCGAAGUGAAAGAUAGCCAAGAACUUAUUCCUUUAGAAGUGAAAAAUAAACCUGAUCUAGACUCAAUUUUAAGCCAGCUAAAAAAGGAAACCGCUGCAGUUAAAAAUAUUCAGCUAAAUGUAACUGAGGAGGCAGAACAAAAACCAAAGGUUGAACUGAGUUCCAUAUUAGACGAACUAAAAACAAAGAUGGCCGAAGUUAAGAACAUAAGCCUGGAUCAAGUCAAACUAAGCAAUAAUGACUCCAUCGUAUUAUCCUCAGACGAUGAAGGGGCCUUAAAAACCACGAAAACCACCGUCCCAAAGGAAGAAGUAAUUGAGCUGUGCGACAGCGAUGAUAAUAAAAACCAUCGCAUAUCACCUAACAAAACGCCCAGCAAGAACAAGUCCAUUAAGGACUUCUUUGACACCAGUUACGUGGUUAAGCGAACGCCCGACAAAUCACCAGCGACGGAUAAAACGCCACCGGGAACACCCAAGACUCCGCAGCCCUUCUUCAGAAAAAGAACACCAAAGUCAGGGCGUAAAAGGGCUAACGAUGGGCAGGAUGAUAGCGAUGAGGGAGUUUCACCCACGAAAAAAUCCAGCAAGGCUUCGAAAUCACUCUUCGAGGCCAAGGAGACGGAAAAGGAAAAGACUGUAGACCCUGAGGAUCUUAUAAAAGAUGCCGCUGAAGCCCUUAAAUCACAAAAGACCUCAGAGGAGCUGCAGGAAAUGGCCACCAACUUGGCCCAGGAGCGCAAGGAGCUGGAGAUCGAGCGCAACCGGCAGGACCGCAUGGGCAUGUCCAUCAGUCAGCGCAUGAGCAUGGAUUGCCAGGAGCUGCUACGUCUCUUCGGCAUUCCGUACAUUGUUGCCCCCAUGGAGGCGGAGGCGCAAUGUGCCUUUCUCAACGCCACCGAGCUCACCCACGGCACCAUCACGGAUGACAGUGAUAUCUGGCUGUUUGGCGGUCGAACUGUUUACAAGAACUUCUUUGCCCAGAACAAGCAUGUUUUGGAAUUCCGGGCGGAGAAAAUCGAGCAAACGUUCAACUGCAACCGGGGCAAACUGAUCCAGCUAGCCUGUUUGGUGGGCAGUGAUUACACAACCGGAAUCCAUGGCAUUGGUGCUGUGACGGCCCUAGAGAUUCUGGCCUCCUUUUCCGGGCAGGAUGCCAACAAUCCAAGUGUCUGCAAUCAAUCGGUGCUGCAGACAUUGAUCAAGUUUCGGGACUGGUGGCAGGCACACAAGAACAGCAAUCUUCCUCCUGGAAGCUCCGCACGACUUUCACUCCGCAAAAAACUGAAAAACAUCGAACUGCAUGAGGGAUUUCCCAACGGCGCUGUGGUGGAGGCUUAUUUGGCCCCCACUAUUGACGACAAUCGAGAUGCAUUUAGCUGGGGCACACCGGAUGUGGAGUCAAUAAGGGAAUUCGCGCGAAAGUCUUUCGGCUGGACCACUUCGAAGACCGAUGACAUCCUCAUGCCGGUUAUGAAAAAGAUUAAUGAGAAGAAAACCCAAGGUUCCAUACUCAAUUACUUCACGGCAAAGAGCGCGUUGCGAGUUCAGCAGCCACAAGUCAGCAAACGGGUGCAAUUGGCCAUUGACAAGAUGUCAGGAAAGAUCGAUGAUGCCGAGACGCCGGAGAAGCCAAAGAAGGUGACACGCGCAAAACGGGCAAAGGCAGCUUCGGCAGCGGGUGAUCAUGUAGCCAACGCGGAAGGAGAGACCAAAACUGCCCGUCCCAAACGUGGCAAACGAAAGGCUGCGACUGAAACGGAUGUGGCGAAUACGGAACAACCUUCUACAUCACAGCUGGCUUCAAAGCCAGAGAAAUGUCCUCGGAUACCCAACACCGUAGAAGUGAUCCCUCAGAGGGAAAAGGACCUGGAGCAGAUGCGUCUCAACAAGGCCAAGGCGGCGGAGAUUCUAAAGAAAUCAGCUAAGACCAACAAAAAAUAA